CACGUGACCUGACGCGGGAGUGUAUAAAUGUAGCUGUCUUACCUUAGUGGUCGACUCCAACUUUUGCCUCCUUCACGCCCAAAUUCUGUAGUACGUCGCUACAUAUCCAUUUCAAUAAGCCCUUCUACAUUCAAUAGUAACAAUGUCUUCCAACACUUCCGUUUCCCCACCCCCUAUCGAGACUCUUCCUGCCUCUUCGUCUAAAUCCAGGAAGCCAGCAUCUAAGAAGCCCGCAUCAAAGAAGGCCCCCACCAAAGCUGCUCCCAAAGCUGCUCCCAAGGCAGCAUCACAUCCUUCCUGGAAGGACAUCAUUAAGGGGUGCAUCAUGGCUCACAAGGAGGAUGCUCGCAGUGGCGUAUCAAGAGCGACUAUCAAGAAGUUUGCAGAGGAAACCUACCACAUCGAGGUCUCUGGCACCAACUUGUACCAACUUAACCGCGCGAUUUCAUCUGGCGCCACGGCGGGCAUCUUCUCCUUGCCCAAGGGUCCCUCUGGCAAGGUCAAGCUUGCACCUAAGAAGAAAGCGUCUGAUGAUGAGAAUUCGAAGCCUGCACCCGCAAAGAAGCCAGUCGUGAAGAAGGCUCCUGCUCCUGCCAAGAAGACUGAUACCGCCUCCAAGAAGACUGCCACAAAGAAGGAGACAACCACCGCACUCAAGGCAAAGAAGCCUACCACACAGAAGAGCUCCGUAGCUGCCACCAAGAAAGCUGCACCAGCACCCAAGAAGGCCGCGCCGAAGAAGACUACCGCUGGCGCUCCAGCAAAGAAGCCAGCAACGAAAUCAGCAGCGCCUGCCAAGAAGGCAUCGACCGCGAAGACAACAGGGAAGAAGGUCGCUGCCAAGGCUGCAGCUACCAAGACCGCCAAGAAGCCUGCCUCGAAAGCAAAACCUGCGUCAUCGCGAACUAGAAAGGCGGCUGCUUAAUACCUUGUACCACAUUGCCUAGACUCAGUUUCUCCUCCAUCUGGUGUGACAUUAGCGUGCUCCGUGUAUUUUUGAUACCUUAUUCGUGUACUCUUACUAUCAAUUAUUGCAUACCAUUCCAACGAGACUGCAGCUAUGGCCUGCGAUGGCUCUUGAGAUAUACUCUUUCCCUGGUAAGGCCAUGGAUAUACAACCACAGCGGUGGUAUAGACAGACUAUUAGCGCUCUUACGGGGAAUCAGCUUUCCUUUUUUAUGGACUUUGUUCAUUCCAAUUCUUGCUACAUGUGGUACCCGAGUUACAUACGUAGCGUGCUGCGCAGUCAGUCAAAUGCUCAAAACCGUUC